AUGGCAGGCGUACCUGUGAUCCAGGUCCUUUCAAGGAAAAACUACGAGCAUCAGCAUCUUGUCCCGCUUCCGAACGCUCUUCCGCUUCCCCCUCUCUCUAUAUCCUCUCUUCGAAUUAAAUCGACCAUCUUGUCCCUUACCACGAAUAACUUGACCUAUGCCCGGGUUGGUCAUUUACUUGGAUGGUGGGGGGUUCAUCCUCUUCCUUCUUCCAUUCCUGCUGAAUUCUCGGAUCCUGAACAAUAUGGCCGAAUUUCUGCUUGGGGGUAUGGAGUUGUGAUUGAGAGCAACGCCUGCGAUACCAAUGGUUCCCCUAUUGAGGUUGGAACCCAGGUAUUUGGGUACCUCCCCAUUGGAACAUUGCCGGUGGAUAUGCAAAUUCAAGUUUCUGCUAGCAUGGACGGCCAAUUCGUGGAGGUUAGCAAACACAGAGAAAACGUCCUCCCGAUUUACAAUCGUUAUCGAUUUUACCCACCAAGCGUUGGGUCGAACAAGGCCGAAGCGAAGCAAGAUCUUGGAUUUGACGCACUCUUCCGGGUACUUUUCGAGACUGGCUACUUGAUGAGCCGUUUCGUUUUUGCAUGGGAGCCUGGGCAUCUAAUCCAUCCAUCCACUAUGGACGACGGAUGGACGUCCGACGACGCGAAAUUGGGGACCAAUUCGACUGUUUUGAUGUUUUCGCCUAGUGGAAAGACGGCGUUGGCAUUUGCAUAUCUCCUAAGGCAUGGUCGGCCAACUGGGACGAAGCCGCUCACAGUAAUUGGUAUUGGAUCACAGUCAUCGCACGCUUUUACAGAAGGCACAGGGUUAUAUGACAGUGUGCUAGAUUACGAUGCCGAUAGUCGAGACGGCCAGAAUCUAGGCAGUGUCCUGAGCCUGCCAGACGAUGCCAAGGUAGUCAUUUUAGACUUCGGAUCACGAGGUGGAGCUGGCGAUCGAUGGGCAGACGCUUUGAGAAAGACUCAUAAGCUUGUCCAACUCAGGGUCGGCGGGGAAGUGGUUGCAGAUAGCCCUGAGCGUGCAACACAGAGGUUUCUAGCAAGUAUGCAAUCGUCAGCCGGGUUGAGUCGUCAGCUCAACGCUUCUGUGUUGAGAUCGCAAGCCUUGGAUAUCAUGGGAAGCAAAAGAUACUUUGCGGAAUUUGAACAGGAAUGGGACUUGUGUAAGAAGCAAGGCGUGGUGAAGGGGCUUCGGUUGAUCUGGGGAGAGUCGAUGGAUGAUGUCGGGCGAGGCUGGGAGAGGCUCUGCAGAGGGGAUGUUGGCCCUGAUGAAGGACUUGUCUUUGAAUUGAAUUGA